UAUCCGGCUUUUUUAACGAAGCAUAUGAAUUGAUUUCACGAAAACUUUGUCUGCACGUGCCUGAGCCGCAUAUCUUGUUAUUCGCAUUUGUGACAGUGUCAAUUUAUUCACUUGAAAUAAGAUUACUUUAAAACAUGGGCGACCCAAAUUCAGACGAUGAAAGCGGUUCUGGAUCCGGUUCCAGUCGAAGUGGAAGCCGUAGCCGUAGCGUCACACCGCAACGCAGUGCACCAGGUUCGCCUCGCAGCCAUAAGUCGGGCAGUGGCAGUGAUCGUUCACGCUCUGGAUCGAGAACCUCGCGUUCGCGCUCUGGCUCAGGCUCGCCGCAUAGUCCACGCUCCGGCUCCGCAGCCAGUCGACGCUCGCGCUCGGGCUCGGCUCAUAGUCCACGCUCUGCAUCUCCACACAGCCAGCACUCCGGCUCACCUGAUAGCAAGCGUUCUCAUUCUCGUUCCCGUUCUCGUUCCCAUUCACGUUCCCGCAGCGGCACACCCCAUAGCAAGCACAGUGGCACGCCCCAUAGCAAGCGCAGUGGCAACGAGGACUCCCGUUCUAACUCCCCCAACCUGCAAAUCGAUGAUCAACGUGCCAAUUCAAAGAGCAAAAGCCGCAGUCGCAGUGGCAGUCGUACUUCCCGAUCUAAGUCUAGAUCUCGUUCUCGUUCACACUCCCGCUCCAAGUCGGGCACACCUCAUUCGGGUCGCACCUCACGUAGCCGAAGUGGCUCCGCUUCUGGAUCGGGUAGUGAUAUUGGCGUGCCCAAGAAGAAGCCGCGUCGUCAAAGCAAUUCUGAUAACGAAAAACCUGAUGGCGACAACACAUCGCCCUCAAAAGCAAAGAAGGCUCGGCUGAUUGACUCUGAUAGCGAUGAGGACGAACCGCCUAAAACAGCGCCUGCCGCAUCUGAUAUUUUUGGUGAUGCGGACGACAUCAGUGACGACGAGGACACAGCGACCGCCGUGCGCAAAUCCCCAGCAGGCAGCUUGGCUCGGUCGCGCAGCCGUAGUAAGAGUAAAUCGCGUUCACGCAGUGGCUCAGUAAGCCGAUCACGUAGUCGUUCUCGCUCACGCUCUCGCGACGCAGAGCCGCGUCAAGCCGUGCCCAAGGAAGAUGAACCAGAACCGUUGCCAGAGACGCGCAUUGAUGUAGAGAUACCGCGCAUAUCUGCCGAUCUGGGCAAAGAACAACAUUUCAUUAAGUUGCCCAAUUUCUUGUCUGUGGUCACACAUCCCUUCGAUCCGGAGACAUACGAGGACGAAAUCGACGAAGAGGAGACCAUGGACGAGGAGGGCCGGCAGCGUAUCAAGCUCAAGGUUAGCAACACCAUCCGUUGGCGUGAGUAUAUGAAUAACAAGGGCGAAAUGGUGCGUGAAUCAAAUGCGCGUUUCGUGCGCUGGUCCGAUGGCAGCAUGAGCCUGCAUCUGGGCAACGAGAUCUUCGAUGCGUAUCGUCAGCCGCUGGUGGGCGAUCACAACCAUUUAUUCAUCCGUCAGGGCACAGGUCUGCAGGGUCAGUCUGUGUUCCGGACCAAGCUAACCUUCCGGCCGCAUUCAACUGAGUCGUUCACACACAAGAAGAUCACCAUGUCGCUGGCGGAUCGAUCGACCAAGACGAGCGGCAUUAAGAUACUCACGCAGGUGGGCAAAGAUCCCACCACAGAUCGCUACUCGCAACUAAAGGAGGAGGAGGCCAAACUGCGCUUGGCCAUGCGCACCCAACACAAGGCGCAGCCCAAGAAGAAAAAGGCUGGGGCCGGCGAACCACUCAUUGGUGGCGGCGGCAACUCGUCAUAUCAGCACGACGACGGCAGCGACGAUGAGAAUGCAAUCAGUUUAAGCGCCAUCAAAAAUCGUUACAAAAAGGGCGGCAGCGGCGGCCAGGCGGAGCCAAAGGCCUCAACCAUUUACUCCUCAGACGAAGACGAGGGCUCGGACUUUGAGGCGCGACGCAGCAAGAAGGUAAACAAGGCAAAGGCCAGCAAAGCACUGCGCGACUCCGACAGCGAAUCUGACGCCGGCAGUGGCAAAAGCAACGACCGCGCUGCAGGCGCCAACAGUCGCAGCGGCAGCGGCAGUGGCAGUGGCAGCGACAACGAAAGCCGUAAGUCAGGCAGCGGCAGUGGCAGCGGUUCCGGUUCCGGCAGUGGCAGUGGCAGUGGAAGCGGCAGCGACAAUGAAUAGUUUUUGAAUGAAAGAAUGAGAAAUUGAGUGUUCCAUAAUAUGUAUAAGCAUUAUGGAAUCCUGAACACUAGGUUAAAUAUCUGUUUCAA